UGUUUCGUAAGCAAGCUCACCGUCUACGAUUGAUGGGGGUAAUACUAACCUCAUGGAGGAUUUCUUUGCGACUUGAAUGCCGAGGUCUUCCCCCAAAUCAGCAGAAGACAUCUCAUCAGGACUUCCAAAAUGAUAAAACUCUACAGUAUGAAGUCGGUGCUGUUUUUGGGCAAAGGAUCCUGGAUUACACAGCAGCACUGUGCCAAGGAAAGUUUGAUUACCUGGAGCGUUUACCUGAUGACAUCAUGCUCCGAAUCAUGUACUGCCUCGAGCUGAAAGACACGGCACUGCUGGCACAGACGUCACGCAGAUUCAAAACGGUGAGGACAACGCUCUUCAGCUCUGAGAAGUUUUGGGAGCAGACUGUGAGGAACUGCGCUGGGUUUAACAGGGACAUUGAGGACAUAGCCAGUGCCAUGGGCUGGAAGAGCACCUUUCUAACUUUUUUCCACAACAGUGAUGAUAAAAAACAGCAGUAAAAUAUAUAUUCAAAAACAAACCCUUUUAUUAUUGUUGCAAAACAAGUAAAAUCACACUGGCUCAUUAGCAAACUAAAAAAGACUUCAGUGAUG